AUGGAUAUGAACCAUUUGAUAGGUCAGCGUUUCAACCUGAUCUCCAAAAGUGAUAUUCGCUAUGUGGGCACACUUCAUGAAAUCAACCCCGAAGCAUCCACGAUAGCUCUUGAGAAUGUCAAGUCAUAUGGCUCCGAGGGUCGACGGGGGAACCCGGCUGAUGAGGUUCCUCCAUCUGCUGCGGUCUAUGAAUAUAUUGUCUUCCGUGGUAGCGAUGUCAAGGACAUCAGCGUCGCCGACGAAGAGAAGAAGGAGAAUGCACAGUCAGAGCCUCCUCGGGUUCCCGACGACCCCGCCAUUCUAGGAAAUAUGCGACCGGGUGCUAUACCCAGCUCUGAGCAGGGACCGUCGGCCCCUGGUCUUCCAUCCCAGAAGUCUUCUCAGCAGCCACAAGCCCCUCAGCAGACAGCCCCUGGCUACCCUCAGCCGCAGCAGUUCCAGCAAGGCUUCUAUCCUCCGUAUGGACAGCGAUUUGGUGGCCCUCCCCCAUUCCCUCCAGGCCCCGGCGGUCCUGGAGGUCCUGGUGGCUUUCCUGGAAACAUGCCCUAUGGUGCACCUCCUCCUGGAUGGUUUCCUCCUCCUGGCCACGGCUUCCCUCAGGGACCUGGUCAAUUCCCCCCUCAGAUGCCGCUUGGUGGCCCUGGACAACCACAGCAGCGCCCAGGCCCUCCCGGAGUGCCCGCUUCUCAGCCUACCUCUGAACUCCCUGGCGCUGAUCACAAACCCUCUAGCCGCAAUGCCACACCCGCGGCCCAGAGCGCACCUACUCCUCCUGUUGAGUCCAAGCCCUCUGUAGCCGAGGUCCAGGCUGGACCUGCUGCUGCUGCUCAAAAGAGUGGCCGUGUGGUGCCGGCUAUUCCUAUUGCUGCUCCACGACCUGUGGUCCCUAUUCAAGCACCUACCGCUGGCGUUCAAGGUAUCGAUGCGACUGCUGCCGCCACCCAGGCCGUCGCACAAGCCAUGGCCAAAUUGCCGCAGCCAAAUGUCCCGAAGAAGCAGGGACAGGCUGAUCCUACUGUUGACGCUGUGACUCGCAAGAUGAACGAUAUGCAACCUUAUGGUGGGGCUCGUGCCCCUCGGGGUGGCCACCAGAACCCUCGCGGUGGUCGUGGUGGGGCUCGCACUCAGUACAAGAAGAUCGAAGUCCCUGAGUCGGAUUAUGAUUUUGCAGGUGCCAAUGCCAGAUUCAACAAAGAAGACCUUAUCAAGGAGGCUAUCGCUACCGGAUCCCCUGCUGCAGAGGCCGAGUCUCAAGAUGCCCACAGCCAGGUUGAGACCGAUGUCACCAAUGGCACUGCCCCGUCCUCCACACACCACAGCUACAAUCGCACAGCUUCUUUCUUUGAUAACAUCUCAAGCGAGGCGCGCGAUCGUGAAGAGAACAUGGGUGGUCGUGUUGGCGGACGUGAGUGGCGCGGCGAAGAGGAGAAGAGGAACAUUGAGACCUUCGGUCAAGGCAGUGUUGACGGCUACCGUGGUCGGGGUCGUGGCCGUGGACGAGGCUAUGGCCGUGGCCGUGGCUUUAAUCGUGGCUACGGUGGCCGUGGUCGCGGCCGUGGUGGCCGAGCCCCCAUGUCGUCGUCUACCGGCGUUCCCUCCGCCAGUUAA